AUGGAGGCGCAAGAUGAUGACGAUGAUGAUGCAGCUGCAAUGGCUGCACUCAUGGGAUUCGGCGGCUUCGGCACAACAAAGGGUCAUCAUGUAGCGGGUAAUAAUGACAUUGGCACGGCAGACGUCAAGAAAGAGCGAGUCUACCGUCAGUACAUGAACAGACGAGGAGGGUUCAACCGUCCGCUGGACAAGAUGGCAUGA